GGUAGCCCUCUUUCUAUGCUUACUAAUAUUAGUGAAAUCUCUUACAGCCUAACCUUAUUCAAGCACACCACACAACCUCUUUCAUUCUAUUAAUGAAAACUAAGGCGUACCAGGAAAUGCGGAUAGUUUUAGCUUCUUAAUUACCUUCCUUUCCAUCAUUCUUUCACCUUUUUAUCUGUGUAAUUGGGUCUGAACCCACUACAUACAGGGUUCAACCCUAGCUAAACUGUAUUCAUUACAACUAACAUUCAGAAUUCAACUGAGUUCUGGAAAAAGGAAGGAAAAAAAAUGGAGUUGGCUAAGCUCAGACUGAUAUUCUUCUUCUCGUUUGCAACUCUCGUUCCAACCCUUUUGGCUAACAUUGCUGAGUUCGAUGAGGUUUGGAAGGAAAGAGCCGAUAAGGCUAAGAAGAACGCCCUCGACGCCUACCAACCUGACCCGGAAUCUGUCACCUUUGACUUCAAUUUCGAAGUUAACAAGCAAACGGAUUCGUCAUCCAACAGUACGACUAGAAGAAACCUUAUGCAUGUGAGGAAAUACAAAGGACCAUGCAGGGCAACCAACCCAAUUGACAGGUGCUGGAGGUGCAGGAAGAACUGGGCGAAUGACCGCAAGAGGCUAGCCAGGUGUGUGCUUGGUUUUGGCCGCAAAACCACCGGUGGCUUGCGCGGUAGGUACUAUAUAGUAACCGAUUGCUCAGACGACAAUGUCAUGAACCCGAAACCAGGAACUUUACGCCACGCUGUGAUCCAGAAGCAGCCGUUGUGGAUCAUAUUUGAGCGUAGCAUGGUCAUCAAGUUGUCCAAGGAAUUGAUCAUUGAAAGCGAUAAGACCAUCGAUGGUCGCGGAGCUAAUGUUCAGAUUGCUUAUGGGGCUGGCCUUACAAUUCAAUUUGUCUGCAAUGUGAUUAUUCAUAACCUUAAGAUUCACCAUGUUGUUUCGAGAGAAGGUGGGAUGAUUAGGGACUCUGUAGACCAUAUGGGGCUCAGAACAUUCAGCGAGGGAGAUGGGAUUACAAUAUUUGGUUCGAGCAAUGUUUGGAUUGACCAUGUUUCCAUGUCAAAAUGUCAGGAUGGACUCAUCGAUGCAGUCGCUGGAUCCACUGGCAUCACCAUUUCAAACAGCCAUUUCACUCAUCAUAAUGAUGUUAUGUUGUUGGGUGCAAGUGACUCGUAUGAAGAAGAUAAAAUAAUGCAAGUCACAGUUGCGUUCAACCAUUUUGGUCAGGGACUAAUACAGAGAAUGCCAAGAUGUAGAUGGGGUUUCUUCCAUGUUGUGAACAAUGACUACACUCACUGGAGAAUGUAUGCCAUAGGUGGUAGCAAACAUCCAACCAUUAUCAGCCAGGGCAACCGAUUCAUCGCUCCCGACGAGCCCCACCUCAAACUGGUGACUCAUAGGGACUAUGCCCCACAGUCUGAGUGGAUGCAAUGGACAUGGAGAUCGGAAGGAGAUCUAUUGAUGAAUGGAGCCUUGUUUGUUCAAUCUGGUGCUCCACUGAAGAACAAACCAUUCAGUAGACUAGAUAUGAUCAAAGCAAAGCCUGGAACAUUUGUUACAAGGCUCACACGCUUCUCUGGCACGCUCAAGUGCAAGGUUGGAAGGAAAUGUUAAGGACGUCAGCAUCUCUUGCACCAUUGUUCAUGGGGAGAUUGGAUUAGAUUGACUUGUCCAUUGGUGCCAGAUAAAAAGCAGAGGAGAUCAAACUUCAAAUUGUUCAUCAAAGUUUU